CCGCCGCUUCCUCGGCCGGCGGGCGGGCGCAGGGACCGGUUGGCGCGCAUGUGUUCGCGCAGUGGGAUGCCAGUGGGAGGGCAAGCGUACCCCGGGCCGCGCGACAAUCCCUGCCUGGGGAGGAAGGCGCGGCCGCGUGUGUGGGGGCCGCUCGCGGGCGCCGGAGGCUCCAGUGUUUGUGUUGGGGUUUUUCAAAGUGGUUAAGCCCCUGAGACUAGGAUAUUACUUUUAGGUUGGAACCUGCUUCCCCCUCGUGCUGCAUUUAUUCUUCCUAACACCUUUAGAGACUCUUCAGCUUGGAGUUCUGUACCCAACAGGCAGAUGGCUCAGUCUGUGUAUGUUGUGUAAGUGUCUGGAAUGUACACCUGGUACCUCUCGACUGGUAUCCACGGUUUAAGAAAGUAAAUAGAAGUUUUCAAGGAGGAAUAUGAAAGAACACCCAGGUUAAUGCCGGAUAAAGGAAGCAUGUACUACCCCCGGGUGCAGCAUUACCGGGAGCUGCUCGACUCCUUGCCGAUGGAUGCCUAUACCCAUGGCUGCAUUUUGCAUCCUGAGCUAACCGUUGACUCCAUGAUCCCAGCGUAUGCCACCACGAGAAUCCGCAGCCAAAUUGGUAACACAGAGUCUGAAUUGAAGAAACUUGCUGAAGAAAACCCAGAUUUACAGGAGGCGUACAUCGCAAAGCAGAAGCGACUUAAAUCAAAGCUCCUUGAUCAUGACAAUGUCAAAUAUUUGAAGAAAAUUCUUGAUGAGUUGGAGAAGGUCUUGGAUCAGGUUGAAACUGAGUUGCAAAGAAGAAAUGAAGAAACCCCAGAAGAGGGCCACCAGCCUUGGCUCUGUGGAGAAUCCUUCACCCUGGCAGACGUCUCCCUUGCUGUCACAUUGCAUCGACUGAAGUUCCUGGGGUUUGCGAGGAGAAACUGGGGAAAUGGAAAGCGACCAAACUUGGAAACCUAUUACGAGCGUGUCUUGAAGAGGAAAACAUUUAACAAAGUUUUAGGACAUGUCAACAAUAUAUUAAUCUCUGCAGUGCUGCCAACAGCAUUCCGGGUGGCCAAGAAAAGGGCCCCAAAAGUUCUUGGCACCACUCUUGUGGUUGGUUUGCUUGCAGGAGUGGGAUAUUUCGCUUUUAUGCUUUUCAGAAGGAGACUUGGCAGCAUGAUAUUAGCAUUUAAACCCAGACCAAAUUAUUUCUAGUUUUGGGGGGAUCUGGUAGUGACAGCUCAUCAGCCAUUCAGCUAGACCCUUGUCCACUCUUCCAGACCCAGUGAAGAAUUAUCCUGGGCAACUAGUCAACAGCAUAAUUUACUUUACUCUUUAGGUAGUUUAUGUGGGAGGAGGAGGUCAUGAAAAUGUUUUUGUGUGCUGGCAACUAAGAUUACUUAUUUGUAAACCUCAACUAAUUCACAUGUGACGCAUGUGCAAGGUCCAGAUACGUAAACACCAAGAGAUAGAGAAUAGACCUUAAACUCAAAAUGCCAAAGUUCUGGAUUAUUUUGGGGGAGAAGCGUAUUUCUAUGAGCAGACAGUAAUAAUAACUUGUGAUUGAGACUAUCUAGUCAAAAGAAGUUACCCUUGUCACAAUGCACAGGGGGUUCAGAUAGCAACUGGGCCCAGCAUUGCUUCAUUGUAACACUGCCAGCUUCAGGCAGAAAUACGGGAGACAAAGGGACAAGGGAGAAGGAGAAGUGGAAGAAUGAAGUCUGUACAGGGUAGAGCAGCAGAAAGUAACCUUUAGGUGCCUCCAGUGACAAUAAUGGCUACCUGUCCCCUUAGCAAGCAGCACAUUUAACUACUUAUGGCCACUGCCUGCACAUAUACUCCUAUAAUUAAGAAAUCUUGGGAGCAGAGGACUAGGGAAUCACUGGGACAACUGGGCUAGAAAGAACUUCAGACUUUAUACAUAUAGCACCUCAUUUGACCUCAGAGUUAAUUCUAAAUACUUCUGAAUAACACUUAUUGCUUUAGUAAGGUUGAGUGGUUUGGGAUCAUAUGCCCCCUACAUCAUGUCUGCCUGGCAUUUAUGUGAAAGUCUUAAGUGGUAUUACAAUGGCUCUUUACUAUUCUAGGAGGUCCCCACUUAGAUGAUGCCUGUGAGAUAUCACUCCUGUGGACCAUUGCACACAGUCAGUGGGGGACUUCGCUGCUACAGCCUUCUUUAUGCACAUAGGUAGCAUUGAGAUGAAUGUCCCAGCCAAUCACUAGCCACUAGUAAUGUGGCUGGGUAGUGGAUAUUUGGAUGAUUUUGGAGUACCAAAUAUGCUCAUUCUUCAUUUGGGGAGGCUGGUACAUUCACACAAAAGCUUGUCCAGGCCUUGCAUCUGUUUCUGAUCAUUAUUAAAGCCUUGUUAAAGAAAAAGGUCUAGUCUUAGUCCUUGGCAAGUAGUUUAGGAAAGAUGGUGGAUAGAUAGUUAAGCCCACCUGUAUUCAUUUUUAUGUAUGUCUAGGCACAAUGGGGAGUACCUCAGUUCAUCUGGAAGGGACAAUCCCCAUGUAUCAUAUGAACCACCAGGGAACUGCAACAUAUGGUCCAUGCUCAGAGAAGGUCUGUCUUAGUAACAAGAAGGUGGUUUCUCUGGAGCUGGCCAGAAAGGCCUUGGAAAUAGCUUCAGUUGGGCAGCUUGUAUAGAGAUGAUGAGCAGAGGUUCCAAUGAACAAUAAAAGCUUGUUUGGCUAUAUCAUAUGGGCUGUGGAAAAUAGCCAAAGAACAUACUGACUUUUUCAUUAGCAGGAAAGAAUCAUUCCUGGGAAUCAAUGAGUUGUUUUUUGAUAUAUGUAUCUCUCUAUAUAUAUUUUUUUGCAGUUUUUGGCCGAGGCUGGGUUUGAACCCCUCACCUCUGGCAUAUGGGGCCAGCGCCCUACUCCUUUGGGCCACAGGCUGCACCCAACAAUGAGUUUUUGAUGGUAAAACAAUUCGAUAACUCCAUUUUGAUUCUACUAUUCCAUUUCAUGAUAGAAUUAUAUUAGAAAAUCUUGACGAACUAGACAUGCCCUUAUAAUAAAUUAAUAACACCUUCAGAGUAAUCUCAAUUCAAGAAUAAUUAAUAGACUGGAAACUUUUAUAAUGUAUUAAUUUUGAGCACCAGUGUGUCUUCUGAUGGAGUGUCUCAAUCUGUUGCUGGGACAUUCCAGUACAUGUGUUGAUAAAAGAGAAUUGAUUAUUUAGUAAUUCAUAGUGUUUUACAAUUCCUUAUGUCACCCUGUUAGAAACAAGUACUGAGACAUGAAGAAAACAAGAUUACAUUUUUAUAAAAAUCUGCACAGGUUAUUUAUCUGUGAAAGAAAAAAGAUUAGAUGAUAGGGUUGGAUUUUCCUGAAAUUUAUAUUAUUACCAUAUCAGAAGGAAUCUACUAGAAAGUGUUUAUAAUUUCUUAUACAGGUUCAUUGGAAAUACACUUAUGUCAAUAUUAAAGGCAAUAGUGGUGGCAAUUUUACUUGUUUCAUGGAGACUCAAGUUUAUGCUUUGUUUAGCAGGGAGAUAAUAACCACUAGAUGUCGCUGUUCACCCAGUAGUCUAAGAUUGGGUGUUUUUUUUUCCUUUCAGAAAACCUGAAAUGUUGCGAGCAAAGAUAAAUAUUAAUUACCUUAGUUUUUGAAAUGGGGGCAUCUUCAUCAGAUUUUUCAUCUGUGAAAUAAAAAGCUUGUGACGAAGGUAAUUGAUAUCUAAUGAUUUGGAAGGGAUAGUAGUACCACUCAACAUCAAGCUAAAGAGUUGACAUGCGCUAGUAGCUAAAUAGGCACUUUUAUGUAUUUUCUUUUUAAUGAUCAUUGUAACUAGACAAAGUGUUUCUCUAUUUUUAAAAUUUGCAUAAAUAUCACAAUUAGAAAAAUGCCUGAGGUAUUAAUGUUAUGUUGGCUAUUUAUGUAAACACACAUAAACACUAUUUUGCAAUUACAUGUCUUUUGAAUCCAUUUUUUUCUUAAUAGCAGAUAGUUGUAAAUUGCUUGCUCAAACUUUAGUAAUUAUUCCUAUUGACACCCAAAUUGUAGUUUUUUUGGUGUUGUUGAAUGUAAUAGAUCAAGAUACUAUAUUGCCUGUAAGUUCAAUAAACAUAAUUGGAAAAUAAAUAUAAACCCUAAAACAAAGUACUCAUUUUGUAAUCUUUUGGGGAAAACAGAUGUAUUUAUUUAUUUUUUAAUUUACAAUCAAAGGAUCAUGAAGUAAUUAGAAAGGGUACUAUAAGCAAGUUACGUAUUCAAGAUAUUUAGCUAUUGGAUGCCAUAUUAUCCUUAUAAAAAUCACUGAUGCACAAUUUAUUUAAAUAUGUAAAAUUAUAUAGUUAAAAUGAUUGUCAGCCUAAAUAAUAACAUGUUGAUCCUGGUCUUCAAAGUACCUCUUUUGUAGCCAGCAACCUGGCAGGUGAGAUCGUCAAAAUGAGAAGUACUAAGAGUAUGUAUCUUUGAAAAAUAGUCUUUUUACUCCCAUUUGAUCCUGCAAUCCCAUUACUGGGCAUCUACCCAGAAGGAAAAAAAUCCUUUUAUCAUAAGGACACUUGUACUAGACUGUUUAUUGCAACUCAAUUUACAAUCGCCAAAAUGUGGAAACAGCCUAAAUGCCCACCAACCCAGGAAUGGAUUAACAAGCUGUGGUAUAUGUAUACCAUGGAAUACUAUUCAGCCAUUAAAAAAAAUGGAGACUUUACAUCCUUCGUAUUAACCUGGAUGGAAGUGGAAGACAUUAUUCUUAGUAAAGCAUCACAAGAAUGGAGAAGCAUGAAUCCUAUGUACUCAAUUUUGAUAUGAGGACAAUUCAUGACA